AUGGAGCCAACAGAGUUCACGCCCGCUGCUCCAGUAGCCCUUUUCAAGAAACGCGGCGGCAAAUCCAACUUUCGCAAGAGAGCCGCCACUCCACCUCCCGCCUCAGACAGCGACUCGGGAGACUAUUCCUCCUCAGAAGAUGAGUCCGGACACAAGAUCAAACGAAGGAAGAAGAACACCGGCGCCGUAACCGUAUCUUCCAAGAACAAUGCCGGUUCCAAAGCCGACCUCACAACAACCAAAUACACGGCAGAGCGCAGCACCACAAUCAAAAGCUCCAAUGAUGCGACCAAGCAGACGAAUUGGUACGACGAGAAUGCCACCGAUGCUCUAUCCAGCAAAAAUCUGCUAGGAUCGACAAGAGCGGUACCUGAUGGCACAUAUAAGGGUCUUGCGAACGCUACUUCCUUCAUUCAGAAGAAUCCCGAUGCGCCAAACCGAGUGGUUGGUCCUGUAAAGGCACCCACGAACAUCCGAACCAUCACCGUGACAGACUUCGCGCCAGAUGUCUGCAAAGACUACAAACAAACAGGUUUCUGUGGUUUUGGAGAUAAUUGCAAAUAUCUACACGCGAGAGAAGAUUACAAAGCAGGGUGGCAGCUCGACAAGGAGUGGGAGAAUGUCACGAAGGGCAAGAAAGUCAUUGUAGGGACGAAGAUAGCGAGUGCGAAUCGAGAUGCGGAGGAAGAUGAUUCUGGGGAUGAGGAUGCGAUGCUGGAGGGGAUACCAUUUGCAUGUGUGAUCUGCAAAGACAAGUACAAGGAUCCGGUAAUCACGAAGUGCGGGCAUUACUUUUGCGAGAGCUGUGCGUUGAAGCGAUAUAGGAAAGAUCCUAGUUGUGCUAUCUGUGGAGCUGGAACUGGUGGAGUCUUCAAUGUUGCGAAGAAUUUGAAGAAGCUGCUGGAUAAAAAGAGGGAGAGGAAUGCGAGGAGGAGAGAGAAGGCCAUUGAAGCCGGAGAGGAAGUCAGUAGUGAGGAUGAAGAUGAUGAGUAG